AUGUUGCCCAAGUUGUCAACCAAAAAGUUCAGCGUCUUGCCGCUUUGUCUGACCGAUAGCGAUGGUUACACCGGCUACAAGCUCGACAUUCGUGAGGACGGCGAUCCUCUCGCUGUACUGUACGAGACUGAGAACACAACCCCAAAUGUCUCCGCCCUAGUUCCUGAGCCGGAUGUCCUUCUCAACGCCUCAGUCCACGUCGGAGAAAUCUACGUUGGCGUCGACAACCUGACCGCAAAGGUCAAUCUCGAUGCACAGGUCCUCUCGUUACUGUCGUUCAACGCCGGUGUCGACCUUUCCAUCGACAAAGUCUCACUCUUGAUCCAGAACGUCACCGCGAAGGUCUACCUGGAAGCACGCCUCACAAACCUUGUCACUAUGGUCAGCGAUGUGCUCGACAGCAUCGACUUGAAUCCCAUCAUCGCAGAGCUAGGCAAUGGACUAGGCAGCAUCAUCAACGACACAGCCGGCUUGAUUGGAGACGUCACCGAUGGCCUAACUGGAUCAGGAUCAAACUCGACAUCUUCCGGCUCGUCAACUUCUGCAGCAACCAAGCGAUCCGAAGACCUCAUGCAGUUCGACAUCAAGAACAACAUUCUUUACUCCGCGAACGACUUCUCAGGCAACACGCACACUCGUCGUGUACUGGCGCAGAACGGAGACAUUAUUGAGCAGAAGCUGAACAACUAUGGAUCUAUCUCGAAUGAGCGCGUUGUGGGUAAUUAUCAAAAGAACAUGCGCUUCAACGGGUUCAAUGAGAGUGUUACGUUCAAGGGCGAGAAGGUCAGGGAGGAGGAGUACGUCUACGAGCCGUUUAAGGGCUUGUUCUCGAUCGUGGGUGUGUUCAAGGAUAAGAGCACAGGUGAGGUAGUGGGCACGCAAUUGUUAGCCGAGGCGAGGGGAGGUGGAAGCGCGACGAUCGGGAACGAGCAGGACCCGAGGUAG